AUGUCUUCGUCGCCGGACAUUGCCGGAAUCUUAGAUAAUACGAAGGAGCUUGAUCGGUUAAGGAAAGAACAAGAAGAUGUUCUUGUCGAGAUCAAUAAGAUGCAUAAGAAGCUUCAAGCUACGCCGGAGAUAGUUGAGAAGCCCGGUGAUACUUCAUUGUCGAAGCUAAAAAAUUUGUACAUUCAAGCGAAAGAGCUUUCCGAAAGUGAAGUAACUGUUUCAAACAUUCUGCUUACUCAGUUGGAUUCCCUGCUUCCAUCUGGACCAACAGGGCAACAACGUAGAAAAAUAGAAGGCAACGAACAGAAGAGAAAGAGAAUGAAAGUAGAUUCAGAUGUAACAAGAGUUUCUCCUUCCAUGAGACAUCAAAUCGAAGCAUAUGCCAGUCUAAAGGGUGAACAGGUUGCUGCAAGAGUCACAGCCGAGGAUGCCGAUAAGGAUGAAUGGUUUGUGGUGAAAGUUAUUCACUUCGACAGAGAAACAAAAGAAGUUGAAGUACUUGAUGAAGAACCAGGAGAUGAUGAAGAAGGAGGUGGCCAGAGGACCUAUAAACUAUCAAUGUCGUGUAUUUUACCGUUUCCAAAAAGGAAUGAUCCUUCAAACACACAAGAGUUUCAACCAGGGAAACCUGUCUUAGCUGUAUAUCCAGGAACCACCGCGCUUUACAAGGCGACUGUAAUAAGUACUCCACGAAAGAUAUUCAAACCUGCAUGUUGCACAUCCGACUCCAGAGGAAGUCUGAUGAAAUCACAAGUGCUUAAUUAUGAUAGAACUUCUGAUCACGCCAGGUACUUGCUAGAAUUCGAUGACGAUGAAGAAGAUGGAGCAUUACCUCAAAGAACAGUGCCUUUUCACAAAGUGGUAGCAUUACCAGAAGGCCAUCGCCAGUGA